AUGUCAACAUCAGCAGCAGCAACAUUACCAUUAUCGGUGAUAUCAAAAAAUUUAAGAAAAGUAUUUCUUUCACAAAAAACAAGAAAGAUUGAUUGGAGAUAUUCUCAAUUAAAAGCAAUUAAAAAGAUGAUGUCAGAGAAUAAAGAUAAUAUUACAGCAGCCGUCAAGAAGGAUCUUGGUAAACAUGAAUUUGAAAUCCAUCAAACUGAAAUCGUAAUGAUUCAAACUGAAUUAGAUGAAACCAUCUCUCAUUUAGAAUCUUGGAAUAAAACUGAAAAAGUUUAUAGUCCACUUCAUUUCAAACCAGCUUCAUCUUAUAUAUUAAAAGAACCAUUAGGUGUUGUUUUAAUUAUGUCACCAUGGAAUUAUCCAGUUAAUUUAGCAUUAAUACCAUUAAUUGGUGCAAUUGCAGGUGGUAAUUGUGCUUUAUUAAAAUUAUCAAGACAUUCAUAUAAUAUUAGUAAACUUUUACAUGGAUUAUUAACAAAAUAUUUGGAUCCAGAAUGUUUUGAAUUUGAUUGUGAAGGUGGUGCACCAUAUAUUACAGAGUUAUUGGAGUAUAAAUGGGAUCAUAUAUUUUUCACAGGAUCAGUAAAGGUUGGUAAGAUUGUUUAUCAAGCAGCAGCAAAAUUCUUGACACCAGUCACAUUGGAAUUGGGUGGUAAGAAUCCAUGCAUCGUCGAUAAGGACACCGAUAUUAAAUUGACAGCAAGAAGAUUAAUUUGGGGCAAAUGUUGGAAUGCAGGUCAAACAUGUAUUGGUUUGGAUUACCUUAUUGUACAUAAAUCAAUUUUGGAGCCUUUGAUCGAAGAGUUUAAAGUCGUAUUGAAGGAAUUCUUUGGAGAGGAUAUUAAAAAGUCAACUUCUUUUGCACGUAUCAUUAGCAGUGCCGCCGCUGAACGUUUACAACAAUUGUUCUCAAUGGGUAAGGUUGUAAUUGGUGGCGAGGCCGAUAUCGCCGAGAGAUACAUUGCUCCAACUGUUAUCGUUGACCCAGAUUUAGAUUCGCCAUUGAUGCAAGAUGAGAUCUUUGGUCCAGUCCUCCCAAUUGUCACCUAUGAGAAUAUCGAUGAAUGUUUGGAAUUUAUUCAAAAUCGUCCACAUGCUUUGACUCUUUAUUUAUUCUCUCGUGAUCAAGCCAUUCAAGAUAAGGUUUUAGAUGGUACUCAAUCCGGUUCUCUCAUGAUCAAUGAUACCCUCUUACAUUUCACAAAUCCAAAUUUACCAUUUGGUGGUAUUGGUGAUAGUGGUAUUGGUUCAUAUCAUGGUAAAGGUACAUUUGAUAUCUUUGUUCAUAAAAGAGGACUUGUUCAAUCAACUACUAAAAAAUUCUUAGACCUUCCACUUCGUUAUCCACCAUAUACUCCAUUCUCUGAUAAUGUAGCUGGUAAAAUUUUAGGUUCUGGUUGGUAA